AAUCUCAACAUUAAUUGUUUCCAUUUGUCAAGAUAAUCAAUUAACAGUUCCAACAGCAUCUUAACCUUUUCUUUUUAUAUAUAAUUAAUUAGUUUGUUUCUUGUUCUUUUUAAUUGUUACAAAUAUUUAAUUCUCUUAAAAUCAUGUUGGCCAUAAUAAAUCGUGUUCUUGACUGGUUGAAAAGCCUUUUCUGGAAAGAGGAGAUGGAACUUACCUUGGUUGGUCUUCAGAAUUCAGGAAAAACUACCUUUGUUAAUGUGAUUGCUUCCAAUUUAUUUAUGGAAGAUAUGAUUCCAACUGUUGGUUUUAAUAUGCGUAAAGUAACCAAAGGAAAUGUUACCAUUAAAAUUUGGGAUAUCGGAGGACAACCAAGAUUCCGAAGUAUGUGGGAACGUUAUUGUAGAGGUGUAAAUGCCAUUGUAUUCAUGGUGGACGCAGCGGAUCACGAGAAAAUUGAAGGCUCACGAAAUGAGCUUCACAAUUUGCUGGAUAAACCACAAUUAGCCGGUAUUCCAGUUCUUGUAUUGGGUAAUAAGAAAGAUUUACCUGAUGCUCUUGAUGUCAAUGAAUUAAUUGAACAAAUGAAUUUGGCCGCAAUUCAAGAUCGAGAGAUUUGCUGUUAUUCCAUCUCAUGUAAAGAGAAAAGUAAUAUUGACAUAACCUUACAAUGGUUAAUUAAUCAUUCCAAAUCUGGAUCUCGUUAAUUCCAUGAUCGUUGAUCCUUUACAUUUCUCUUCUCACUCUCACUCUCACUCUCUCUCUAUCUCUAUCUAUCUAUCACCUUGCUCUCUCUUCUUAUUAUUCUUCUCCCUCAUCGUCAACUCAUUCGUGGCCGACAACUCUAACAGAAAAAAAGGAAAAUUCUAACAAAAAAAAAAGAUUCUAUCAAUUAAAAUGAUUCAUUUCAUUUUAUUCAUUUCUCUUCAUACAAUCCAAUUUUCCUUUGUUUACUUCUCGUGUCGUUUACCAAUCAAAAGCUUCACCAAAAUGAACUUUAUUUCAGUUUCCAUCAUUUUCCCAUUUUUAUUCACGCCCCUGGAAAAUUAUUAGAUCAUUGAUCAUUAAUACAUAAUCUAUUAUCUUUAAAACGAAAAAAAAAAUCAAUUGAUUGUAAUGAUAAAAUGUCUUGCAAUUAAAAAUGCGCCAACCACAA